GUUAUCCUCUGACCUCAACCUGGGCAUUCAGAGAUACAUCUCUCAAUAUGUCUUCACUUGUAUAUCUUCUUAUGUUUCUUUCUCUGCAUGCAUGCAAUGCCAGACAUCUAGGAGUUGUGGAUAAAGGAACUGGCAUAAAAGUUCAGUUUUUUGUUAAGGAAGUACAGAAGGAAGAAACUGAGGAGAGUAUAAUUCCAUUAAAGUUCAAGGCUUCCAUUUCCGACGAACUUCGAAUACAGGAUGCACUGAAAGCUGAAAAUGAUGAAAUAAGAACCUUUGAGAGCUGGGGUGGUGCAGAUACUAUGAAGCAAAAGGACUUUAAGGCCCUAGGAAAGGAAGACAGAGACAUUAAAGGAAAUGAGAUCAUGUUAGCAUAUUCUACAGUGGAUUUGCAAGAGACAGUCAAAGAAGAGGGAUGGAAGAGAAAAGCACGAUCGAUACUGGGAUCUCUGCCACAUGAUACCGAGGAAACUAUGGAUUCAAAAGAAAACGACAUUGUCGAAGACAUAGUAGUGAUGGACUAUGCACAACCCCAUCGCAAACCACCCAUUCACAACAGAGAACCCUAGAUUAUGGAUAAUCAUUCCUCAUCAUUUUCCUUUCCAUUUUUUCUCCUUUUUUUUUCGCUAUAAUAGUGUGAUUAUAGUUGAAUAUUAUUUUAAUGCAAGAGAACAUCAAUUAUAGGGUGUUUAUUUAGUUAAAAUAAUAUGAAUAAUUUAUAAUAAGAACUGGAUAUAGGCCCAAUAUGGCAAGAAUAAGAGCAAGAAUGAAAUUUCAUUCCUACGGAUAAAAAUGAAACGCCCAUGGGAAAAAAAUCUUAUUCUUUGUCCCGAUUAUUGUCAUCCAAACUAGGCCUUAUACAUAGUUUGUUGGGGUGUUCUGUUUACUACAUGUGACAAGUUGUAGCUAGUGAAAGUGAUGGUGGAUGAUACUCCUUUAGGGCUACAUUUUGUGUAAGUUUGUAUUAAAUGUGA